AGUGGGCUCCAAAUUUGAAAACGUGGCUGGUAGGUCCGUGUAAACCAACAUGUAGCAAACAGAAAUAAGGACAAGGGGUCUAAGCUGAGGCCUAGAACUGGGCCCGAGGAAACAGCAUUAUCUAAGCAUUAGCCCAGUUUUAUCUAGAAGUAAGUAAGUCAGCCUCGCUCUUGGUGAAUUCUGUGUUUGGGGCAAAGCUUGCACACAGGAGGAGGAAAAUGCAGUACACCCCUGAAUCAAAUGCCUACCUGGAGAGCUGCAAAGGCCAGCACUGUUAUGAUGACUGCUGUGACAGUGGAUACUCAGGUUUAUUCCACAGUCCACAGAGCAUCAGUGGAGUUGACACCUGUACGCCUUUGUCUCCUGUAGAAUUCAAUGAAACACCGAAAGAGAACCUCAGGCUGUCUAACACACCUAAAGAGAGGACCAAAAAAUCAGUCGGAUUUUUGGACAAAGACUCCAGGGUGGCACAGCGGCAAUCAGCAGGUAGCUGGUGUGAAACUCCUAAAGUAUAUAAAAGAGAUGCCUCAUUGCGACACAGACUUCUAAUGUCCAAACCCACCACAGAUGUCAAAACUGACAACACAAGAUCACCAUGUACCAGUAGGACUGAAUCCUCUAUCAGUAGCAGUUGUGAACACUGGCUCAGUACGUCGUUUGACUCCCUAGACACUGUGAUGGGGGCUUUGGUAUCAAGCACUUUAAAACUGGAGCAGGACCUGCCAUUAUCUGGUAGGAAACGUCGUCUACUUUUCUCACAGGUGAGGACCUCCACUCUUGAAGAUGGUAAACUCCAUUCUGGUCACCCUUCUAAUUUUGAGAGAGGAGUUUCCCUCUCAGAUGCAGAUUUCAGCGAGAGCAUUUCUGCCUCUGAUCCAAUUAAUACUGAGACUCCUCACUUUGGAAAAUUCCUGCCUGCCUCAUCUAAAGAAAACUCUCAAUCGCCAGUCAGUGGUGUGACAAAUGGCCUAAAUGACAGCUUAAGCGUUUUGUGCACACCCUCAUCCACACAUACACCCAAAUACAUCAGGUCUGUUUGUGAAGACAGUGGUUUUAGUUCCCUGACCCUUGAUAAAUCCCAAGACUCCUCAGUGGACCAUGAUGGCUCAUUCCAGGAGCUGCUACUCUCUGCUUCCAGAGGAAACUGUGAAACCCCAAAUCUGGCAGAGGCAAAGCGGCGCUCCCGAUUGCAGCGUCAGCACAGGCUUUCUACACUUAAAGAAGGGGGCUCUCAGUCUGAGGAAGACCCAACAGACAAAAAACAUGAACAUCUUCAUCAGUGCCAAUCUGAAGAUGUUUUUGCUGAUGGUGCCACCCCUCGCAUGGUCCUUUCUAUUAAAUGCAGUAAUAGCAUGACCACUGAUGGUCUAGCCUAUGCAAAACCUGACUGUGCCACUCCACUAAGAGCCACCAUGACACCUUUUAGCACAGCUCCUGCUAAUCCAGAUGUAACUCCUCUUAGGACAACCCCAGUCCAUCUCUCUCUGACUCCAGCUUUGCAGCUGGUUCAUGCUAUGUGUCAGCAGAAAGCCCAGCUGUUUGUUGGCCAAAGUCCAAGCCUGAAGGAACAGCUGAAGUCCACAGCGGCACUCGCUGAGACCCCAAUGACGUUCAGGACCACUAUGCCAUUGGCAGGACUGAUUGGCAGGAGGAUGGGCCUGGGGAAGAUGGAUAUACUCACAGAGCUGAAGAAGAGGAACCUCAGGCACAUCCUGGCUGUCAUACUCAGCCACCUGACUUCUGAGAGCAUCAACAGGUGUGGUCAGGUGUGCAAAAGCUGGAAUGAAAUUAUCCAGCAGGACAAGCAAGCUAACUUGAGGAGAAGAAACCACCUGAGUGAAGUGAAGGCUACUCUUGAGCUCGGUGGUGCUGUCCAUGUCCCUGAUGCAGAGACCAGACUGAUUCUGCUUAAGAGGUCGGCCCUCAAGACCGUUCAGGCCCAGUCCAGGACCUCUAGCUACUGCACCCCCCAGUCAGGAAAUAGCACUUUAAUCAGAUUACAGCACGGUGUCUUACAUUCAGGCUGCAGCAGCAAACGGGAGAAAUUUCUAGAGGUUGCCAAAACCCUCUUCAAUGAUGAGUGCCUCAAGCCUUGCCCUCGAUGUCAACAUCCUGCAAGGUGUCACUCAGUGAAAGGGGAAGGUGUGUGCAGCAGAGCUGACUGUGGUUUCCAGUUUUGCACUGCCUGCUUGUGUGCUUUUCACGGCUCUAGAGAGUGUGGCAGCCAGUCUGCAAGCCGUCGCAAAAAUGAUAUACUUCUUCCAGGAAGUGCUCAAAGCAGGCGAAACAUUAGGAGACUAUGAGAACAUAGUAAUCUAUAUUCAUACUUGCUUUGCCAAAGUCAGUUUAGCAUUUUUUUUUUCUGCCUAAUGGUGAAAACAAGGCUUAGCAACAAGGAAACUGAUUUGUAGCCAGUACAUGAGAACAACUAAUGUACAUAAUUUUGUCUUUGUGCCUGUCUAUGUACUGUACUUUC